AUGGCGACUAAGAGGUUCGGAUAUCACAUGGAUCACCUCCAUUUCCAUGUUAAAAACUCAAGAAAGAUGAAUUAUCUAAGACACAAAGACUAUGGGCAGUUUAGCACGCCUAAGAGUCAUAAUGGAGCUUGUGUGCAGGAGCUGAUCAACAACCAUAAGCAUAAGUUGGACUAUGAGAAGUACCUGAACCCAAAGGGCCUUAAGCCAACAAUUACUAACAACUUUCCAAAGAUGGGGACUGAGCACGACUUCGUCAGCCACCAGAUGUUGCUUUAUAAAUCUUUCAAGCCUUAUAAAAGAAAUGUGGCUUCUUUCAGGUGCUCUCCGUUUAUGACUAAGCCUGAGAUCAAGCAAUAUCUCAUGAAAAUAUAUGGGCUUAAUGUCAUCAAGGUUCAUACUGUUAACAAGCAAGGUAGGAUAGUUAAGAACCAUCAGAACAAUACUAGGUGGAGAAAGAAGGACUGGAAGAAAGCCAUCGUCGAAUUCGACUUUGAUGUUGAACCAUCCCUUGCCAAGCAUGAUCUUUAAUUGAUUUACGAGAUUUAUUGGGGACUAUUCUGUGUGCA